UCGUGCUGCCCAUCUGCGAUGCCCAGUAGGGUAGAGGGUGCAGCCAGGGGUAUCAGGAGAUGUAAUGGAAGGGGGUCAGUUUGGACCUUCUGAUUAGGAAGUAUCCCUCGAUCAAGUUUUUUUGUCCACAGUCCACCUUUCACUUCCAAAGAGCAGAAAUAGUUAAAGUAGAAACUCCAGAUUGUUUUUGAAAUGAUUUUGUUUUAAAAACCGCUGAUGACUCUUUGAGAAAUCACUUUAACUCACGGUUGGGAAAGACCCCAACUUUUUUUUUUGUGGGUGACGUUUAAACAGUUUCAGUGUAAAAUAGAGGAAACUAGCUGGUUACUUUAUUUCUCAUGAGUCAGUCCAAGGGGACGGUUGACUUUACCAGCUCUCCGUGCGAUGGUCUUUACUGAAAGUGGCUUCCCUGCACUGGAGGUAAAGACGUUGACCGUUUUAUCUUCAUUGCCUUCACUAGUUCUCCAAGCAAAAGCAGCCAAUUAUUUAAAAAAUAAAUUGGACAUGUACUUGGGUGCCACAGUGGAGCAGUGGUAGAGUUACUGUCUUACAGCGCUUGAGACCCGGGUUUGAUCCGGACUACGGGUGCUGUCUGUAAGGAGUUUGAGUGUUCUCCCUGUGACCUGCGUGGGGUUUUCUCCAAUUUCUCCGCUUUCCUCCCACCCUCCAAAGACAUACAGAUGCUGCCUGACCGAACAAUUUCUUCCAGCACUCUAAGCCUUAAUAUUGAAUCGAUCAUUGCAAUGAUUGUUAAGGUGAAGAGUGUUAGGCGGAUGAAAGCGACUUAGAAAACAGUCUCUGAAAAUUGCGGGAGGUUUGAAUUAGCACAGUCCCUUGUGAAGAGAAAGCACACGAGAAGUAAAAUCCAUCGAACCGUGGCUGCGUGGGAGACUGUUGCCGAUCGUGUCGGUUUACUUUGUCAUGGCGGAAAAUGAAACUAGCUUGGACAAUGAAACUCUGGAGAUGCUCUCCAGCCCGACCAUCAAGAACGCUCUUCCCGUCGUCUACCUCAUCGUUGCUAUGAUCAGUUUGCCCGGCAACGGGUUCUCUCUGUUCCUGCUUUGCCAAACUCAGCCGAAGACACCAUCCAUCAUCUUCAUGAUCAACCUCACCAUCACCGACCUGGUGCUCGGUAUCUUCCUGCCCUUCCAGAGCAUGUACCAUUGGAGCGGAAACAACUGGACGUUUGGGUCGAGCCUGUGCAGCGUGGUUACGGUGCUGUUUUACUCCAACAUGUACUGCUCCAUCCUAACCAUGACCUGCAUUAGCCUGGAGCGUUACGCGGGCGUGGUGCACCCGAUGUACUGCACCAGAUGGCGGACAAAGAGGUACUCCGUUCUGGUUUGCUUUGGGAUGUGGGCGGCGGUCCUUACCGCCUUGCUGCCUCUGGAGAUGAGCGACUUGACUUACCACGUCGGCGCGCUGAAUAUCACCACGUGCUUCGACAUCUUGAGGAAGGACAUGCUUCCUUCCAAAGAGGCCUGGGCCGCCUUCCUCUUCACCUUGUUCUUGGUUCUGUUCCUCAUCCCCUUCUGCAUCACCGUGUACUGCUACACCCGCAUAAUCGCCAAGCUGAUCAGGACAUCCUCGUACCACGGCUACGAGCAAAAGCGGAGAGCGAUUUGCUUGGCGUUGAUCGUGCUCUCGGUGUUCAUCACGUGCUUCGCCCCGAACAACUUAAUCCUUCUGGCCCACAUGAUCAAGCGCAUCUUUUACGGGGGGGGCAUUUACAGCGCCUACAAGAUCACCCUUACCCUGAGCUGCUUGAACAGCUGCCUGGAUCCCUUCAUCUAUUAUUUUGCCUCCAAGGAGUUUCGCAAGAAGCUCAGGACCUAUUUUGGCUUUGCGCUCGUCUCGAGUCAAGGAAGUUUAACGGAAUACAGAAGGGAGAGCAUGCUCUCCAUGAGAUCAGGGCAGCACCAGCACAAUCUGGAGGCACAACUCUCUUUGAACAAAGCAAAUGGAACGGCGUAGGCCAACAACGCCAGGAGAACACUGUGGUAGCACCAAUCCCCAGGUCAAAUUAACCUGAUGGAAAUAUCAUUUAGCCUGAUCGACAUCUUUCGAUAUCGACAAUGAAACUAAUCAACGCUGCAAAUGUUUCUUCAUCCAACCUCUGCGGCUGGGAAAUGGACGAAUUCCAAAAAAUAGAUGUCUAUGGUUACGACCAUAAGAGGCAGGAACAGAAUUAUGCCAUUCGGCCCAUCCAGUCUGCUCCGCCAUUCGAUCAUGGCAGAUCCAUGAUCAAGUGUUAAUUCCCAGAAUUGAUGUAUAUUUGAACGUGAUGAAUUGAGCGCACUCCUCAAUUGGAGUCAAAGGACUCAAGGCUCCUGCUCACUGGCAACUGUGAUUGUGUAACUAUAACUGAUGGGGAACGGAGCAUCGGACAAAGGAGAUUUGCAAAAAUAACCCGCGGUGUUUCCAGAGAGAGAACCUUGCCCGCGAUUGUUGGCCACUGGAAGUCCACAAACAAACAAACACAUCUUGACAGCUCGCUGGUUGCAGUUCUGGAUCACAAAGCUAGGACACUCUGAUGACAGGGGUGGGAGAGAAGAGGAGGCUUGGAACGUCACUUCUAAAAAUUACACCGAGGUUUUUGGAAAGGGCUCGUGCGAAUCCACCCUCCCCUCUUUUGGUGUGACGUUUUCUUCCUGGGUUUUUUUGAUCAGAUGUCAAAUAUCUUCCUACACCCGCUGAGUGACUCCAGCUUUUUGUAUCAAACAACUGUGGGGUUUUGCUCUUUGUCGCACACGGGUUUUUAAGAUAUCUUUCGGCACAUAUAUAUUAAACACGGUCGUACAUUGUACAUCAAAUAGCCCUUGCGUUCCCUCUCUCUCCAUCCCCUCCCACUUCUCCCACCAGUCUUACAGUCUCCGACUACAUUCUAUCUCUGUCCCGCCCACUCCCCUGACAUCAGGCUGAAGAAGGGUCUCGACCCAUUCCUUCUCUCCAGAGAUGCUGCCUGUCCCGCUGAGUUGCUCCAGCAUUUUGUGUCUACCUGCAUACAUUUCAUUUGCUGCUUUAUGAAUGUGAAUGUUUAUUGUUGCUCCAUCUUGAUGUAAAAAUCUCUUCAGAUAAAGAAUAUAUUUGUAGACAUGAAAAGUAAUAAUGAUGUUGUCGGCUACCUCCUUUGAGCAGUGAUGGUCAAGAGAAGAUCAGAAAGAUGCGUUCAAAGUCUCGAUGAGUCAGUGGACAUCAAGCAAUGCUGUUCUAAUUUCCAGAGCAGGAUUACGAUAGUGAUCCCGGGGAUGUUUGGGUUAACGUAUGCUGAGUGUUUGACAGCACUGGGCCUGUGCUCUCUGGAGUUUAGGAUGAGGGGGGAGGGGGCUCAUUGAAACUUACCAAAUAGUGAAAGGCCUGGAUAGAGUGGAUGCGGAGAGGAAAUUUCCACUAGUGGGAGAGUCUUGGACCAGAGGGCACAGCCGCAGAAUAAAAGGAUGCAGGAGCUGAAAGUGACAAUAAACAAUAGACAAUAGACAGUAGGUGCAGGAGUAGGCCAUUCGGCCCUUCGAGCCAGCACCGCCA